AAAACGCACGUUUCUCGGCCGACGCUCAUGGGGAUCAGUCGAGUGUGUACAGUGCUACCGUGUGGACGUUUACUACCCUCGGAGCACUUUCGGGAAGCCGUGUGUGCGUGCGUGUGAGUGCGUGUGUGAGUGUGGUGUGUGAAGUGGUUGGAAAAGCGGCGGUUUGCUCGUAGGCAAUUAAGUUCGGCCCACUGAACCGUGUCGUGUGCCGAGUGAGUGUUUUGUGCUUGUUACCGCGUGUGAUUUCUUUCAAUUAUCCUGAAAAUCGUCACAAAAUAUUUAUAAAAGGAAAAAAGGUGAUAUUAUUCGUAUGUGAUUUGUGGCUUUGCGAUUUGCUAGUGAGAGGCCAGUUUAUAUGCGCGACCAGUGAUUGUCGCGUAGUGUCGUUUUGUUGUGGCAGCGAACAACCGACCGGUGAGGCGAUACCCUACCUGCUCCUAACCGGCAUGAUAUAGGGGCUAUGGGACGGGCAGCAACCUGUGCAAACAUUUCACCAAGGAAUUAUUGAUGCAGUCGUAGUCAACGUGUUGAGACGAAGGAAGAAGAAAAAAGUGUAGUGAGACAGAGACGGCGGCGGGAAGAUGCCGUCACGGAAUGCCCUAUGGAUGUGGAUAAAGCUCCUCGGGCUGGCACUGGCGGUGCUGGACCACGCGUCGGUGACGGCACAAUCGAACUCACCGCAAACAUGCCCGCCGGGUAGCGACAUCAGCCCGUGCGUCUGCCAGGUGAAGAAGAACGGGCUGGACAUCCUGUGCGAGGCAACGGACGUACAGCACAUCACUAAGGCGAUGAGCGCGCUGAAGGGCAAGAGCCCGAUCAUCUUCUACCUGAAGCUGCGCCACAACAAUCUACCGAAGCUGCAGGGUUUCGUGUUUCUGGCGCUCGACAUUCGGCACCUUACCAUCCACAACAGCAGUCUCGCCACCAUCGAGGAAACGUCGCUCAGCUCGCUAGGACGUGGACUCACCCAGCUCGAUGUGUCCCAAAAUCAACUGAUGAGCGUACCGUCGAGUGCGCUCAAGAAUCUUCACUAUCUGCUGAUCCUGAACCUGAACCACAACCGCAUCUCCCAGAUCCACAACCGGGCAUUCGAAGGUUUGGAUACGCUCGAGAUUCUUACCAUCUACGAGAACAAGCUUACAUUCAUCGAACCGGACGCGUUCCGUGGGCUGGACAAGAAGCUGAAACGGUUGAAUCUGGGCGGAAAUGACCUUACCGCCGUCCCGCAGAAAGCACUCUCGAUGUUGGAUAAUCUGCGGAAGCUCGAACUUCAGGAGAACCGCAUCAAAACAAUCAAGGAAGGAGAUUUCGAAGGUCUGGAGAAUCUGGACUCGUUGAUUUUGGCUCACAAUCAGCUUACGGAAGUUCCGGCCAGGGUAUUCUUUCAUCUCACGCUACUGAACUCACUCGAGCUGGAGGGUAACUCUAUCUCGUACAUCGCGAAGGAAGCGUUCGAAGGAUUGGAAGAAAACCUACAAUAUCUUCGCCUAGGGGACAAUAAUCUCCACAUCAUCCCGAGCGAAGCGUUGCGUCCGCUGCACCGUCUGCGGCACCUGGAUCUACGCUCCAACAACAUCUCCGUUAUUAGCGAGGACGCAUUUGUCGGGUUUGGCGAUUCGAUAACCUUUUUAAAUCUUCAGAAAAACGACAUCAAGGUUCUGCCGGCGCUCGUGUUCGAAAAUCUCAACUCCCUCGAGACGCUCAGCAUUCAGAACAACAAGCUAACGCGCAUACCGGAGGAGGUGAUGGAGCCGAUCAUGGACUCGCUGCGUGUCGUUGAUAUUAUGGAUAAUCCACUGAUCUGCUCGUGCGAGCUCGUCUGGUUCCCGAACCUGCUGCGGGAGCUGAAAAACCGGGACGACGAGAUGACCCAGAAGAAGCGCCCGAUGUGCACGAUGCAGAACGAACACCGGGAGUACUACGUCCAGAACAUGCCGCUCGAGCGGAUGAACUGUGUCGGCAAGAAGUACCACACGUCGUCACUCAGCGGCAACGGUACGCCGGGCCGGGAAACACUGCUGCCCACGCUCGUUGCACUCGUGACCGGAAGCGCCCUGAUUGGUUACGGCAGGAUGCGCUAGAAUGGGAGUGUGCGUGUUUGAGUGGAAGAAGAAGGGUGAGUAGGUAGGGGAUGCUACUAUAUUGGGGGGAGUAAAACAUGGUGGGAAAAGUACUGUGACGCAAAGAAAAGAAAAAACAGAGCGAGUACGUUCGAGGAAAACAAAAUACACAAAAAAACAAACAGAUGGGAGAAAAUCUAACUCGUGUAGCGUAGGAUAAGCAAAAAAUAGGAGACUUGGGCUUUGGCAAAGGUUGGGGCCGGAAGAUAAAACAAAUGGCUGGAAAACGGCUUGGAAUGGGGAAACGGCGGAAACAAAUACAAAUGUCACUUUGAUUUUCCACACACUUGCUGUUUUGGCUGAUUUGCGAUUUGCGAAACCGCAUCGCAACGCGUUCGUUGUGCGGACGGCAAACCUUUGCGCCGGUGGAUUCGGUUCCACCACGAACGAAAGGGUAGCGCCUCCCCCGCCGGCAAAAAGGGAAAAACAAACAAACCAAAAACCAAACAAGAAAAAUCACAUUACCAAAGAGUCUUUCAAUGAAGUAAACUAUGCAUACGUUUCCGGAACGCGCUCCUUACCCAAACGAUCUUAUCGCUCGCGUUAAGGAAAUGCUUCCGGAAAAGGGGAAAAAUGGUGUUAGCUUCCAGGGCAAAAUCGUAUUAAACGAGCACACACCCAGCACUCACGCUUGUGUGUGUGAUUAGAGCAGACAACAAAAAUUAUCAUGCUUCACUGAGUUUGAGCAUUUUUGUUGCUUCCAUUACACACAGUUCGGUUCAGCAAAAAACAAGGGAAAGGAAAAAGCUUUUCCGUGAAAAUUUGUUUCCAUUUUAGGGUAGGGCUAUUUCAUGCGUAGAAUGUAAAGGGUGACUCUAUGUACUGCACCGUUCAUCUAAUUCAUCCACACCAAUUCCAGUAGAAUGUAGGGACAUGCUUUGACGAGAUGCAAAUGCAAAGGGUUAGUUGACGGAAAGCAUAGAAUAGUGUAAGGAAUGGUCACUUUAUGGCACGCUCGACACACAUUCACACAGCUCGAGCAUGCACGUGAAACCGUUCAAGUGUUCGCCGAAACGAAACGUGGACCGUUGCCAAGUGUCAGGUGCAAAGGUCCGCGUUUCGUGCACUGGACGGUCAGUUGCAGUUUUCCAUUUUUUUUCUGCAGUACUGCAUCCUUUCAUUUAGCGAUAGGAUAGGAUCCGUACAUCGGUCAGAAAAAAAACCUUCUCUUGAUCGAACAUACAUAUCUGCAGCGCUACAGGGAGGAAAAAGAGAUGAAUGUAGUUAAACCUAUUUACAUGUUAGGAGGUGUAUUUUACAUCUUCAUUCACCACUCGCUCGUCACAAACGGCUUCUCCGGUGUGCGUGUUUUCCUUUUCCACUAGCUGUUCACAGGAAGCAUCGUACAGAUCUAUUUACAACACAAACUCUGAAAGCACGCACCCUAGUGCAUUUAAAAGAGGAAAAGAAAAGCAAACAAAGGAGAAAAACAUAUCAAUGUAUGAAGUUAAGCACUAACACUUAAGAAUGUUUUUGCAUUUUACCCUAAUAUACACGUAUACGCAUAUAAUUGCGGCCUCCCACAAGAGAGAAAGAGAAAAAAAACGUAUCAAAUAUAUAAACACACACGCGUAUAAAGCAAAACAAAAGAAAAAACAUAUAUAUGUAUUGCACCACUUCAAUGUGAAGCUACUAAAUGAGAUAAGCGACAAGCGCAAAGAAAAACCUAACCUUAUCAAAAAUGAAACAUAUCAGAUGAUGAAUUUAAUUGUUUGCAUUUGCACAGGAAGCAAAGCAAAACCCCAAUUUUCACACUAGAUGUCUAUAUUUAAUGAACAACAUUAUUAAAAAUGAAAAAUACAAGAUGAAUUAAAUAUUAUUAAAAAAACAUAUCAAAACAAACCCAGUAUUCCUUCAACAUAUGAGCAUUAAAAUACGCAUAAGAUACCGGUUAGAUAAUAGGGAAUGAGGGGAUGAGCAAAUGAAACGAUACAAUCAGCCUGUUUGUUGUUACAUUUUGAUACAUUUUUGUCUGUAUGCGUGUUGCGUCAGUUCAGAUGGUAGGCACGGUCCCGCUUUACAGCAAAAUGGCAUGGGAAAAAAGAAAAUCCUAUCACGGUUUCUUCCUGAUAAACCCCCCCGAAAAAACAUAUCAACAUAACGUAGGAGAGACGAUAAAGUAAGAACACAUGCAACACACAUAUCAUCCCCCCUUUGUGGAGAAAGCUUGCUCGUGAGCAUUUGGUACGCACGCUUUUGUGCGUACUAUCAAGCGUAUUUCAUGAUACAUAAAGUGCAUAUCAAUCUUUCGGAAGCUUCCCAUACCUGGCCCAGAACUUUCACCGUCAACUUCAGCGUAGGAUAAGGGUUGAUAAAAUCAGCUAAGCUGGAUGUCGUGUGACAUCUCACGUAUGUCCUCCAUCUUUCAGGACGAAGCAUAAAGACCACACCUUCACACAGGCACACACACACAUAUCCAAACAUAUCAUUAGAUGGUAAGCACAUUAAUCACGCCCUGCUUGCCCCUCACCCCAUCCAUCCCCUCCCAAGUUGCCUCCCCUCCCUUUUACUCUUAUCAAAUGGGAGAGAGUAGUAGUGUGGUGGGGUGAGAUGGAAAAGGGAAGCAAGAUUUAAAUUGUAAGUGUAAAUCAAAACUGCUACGCUGUGCCCAGCAGACCGUGAAAGUCCACAUGUACCCUACGCCACUACUUGUCUUGUGCUAGUUGUAUGCAAACCGUGUGUAAAAGUUUGCACAAUUUGCGAAUGUUUCGGUUUUCUUCCUUUCCGAUCGAUGUCAAUUAAUGCUACAGAACAAAAAUUGCAACCAAGGGCCAACAAAAUGGCAACGCAUAAGGCAUAAAGCACAGGUACAGCAACAUAAAAGCACACACACACACACACACACACACUCACAUAAGAAACUCAAUCUUCGUACACAACACAACUGCAGUGAAAAAUACUUUAACAAGAGAAAACAAGAAGCUUAUCCCUAGACGUUUCGCACAAUCAUUAAUGCACGCGUUUCGGUGUAUUUUGCCUACUCGGAAUACUGUUACUACAAAUACUCGUGAAGGAGAGAGCGAGAGAAAGGUGAGGACAAAUUCUCUGGUUAGAACUUUCUUUUUUUACAAAGAUCGUUACACCAAAGCUGGAACAAAGAAAAGAAGCUGCUAGGGCUAGAGAUGAGGUUAGGAUAUUUGAUCCGGACUCCUUCUUCUUGCAAGUGUUAUACUGUUUCAACAGAGCAAAGCAGAGAGAUGAUCAACAAGAUACGAUUUGCAUCCAAAAUAUAUUCUUAUAAGUAUACACACAAACACAGGCGCACAUUUCAAGAAAGGAUUUGCUCUGUGAAUGAACUACGAAAUUAGCUUCGGGCAACCUGUUGUUUCUUCCAAUGGUUACAAAUUUCAGUUUUGUGAGGGUAUGACUGGUUCACAUGGAAGGAUUACCUGUUGGAAUAACUACUUCUUAGUAGCGAGAAGGAGUUAAGAAAUCUUCUUGCUUUUCUGACAUUUCUUGAAGCAAUGUCCAAGUAACUCCAACAUUCUUUUUUUGUGCUAAAUGAUAAAAUGACGUCUUGAAAAUAUUUUUCUCCUUUUAAAUUUUUUUCCUAACUAGAUGCUAAACACUAACACACCUAAAAGCCCGCAAAACACUCAACGGAACGGGUGCAGUGGCGUAUAUUUUUGACUCAAUUUUCAACAACUUCUCUCGGUGUCUUGUUGUGAGUUCGUGUGUUGCAUGCCUGUACAUGUGUGUGCGUGAACGUUCAAACCUAUCAUUUUCCCGUCCCACGUGCAAGUGGAAGUAUUAGUGGAUCGUAUGAUGACGCAAAACUAUGCGUUCUGAUCAUGUAUUAAGUGUCAUUUCAAUCACUCUCUACCAGUAUCGGUGUUCUUGUUGCUCGUAACGCGGUGGCAGCUAAUUGAGGGAGGAAAGUGCGAAGAGCGAAACAAACCAAAAUAAAAGGAAGACAUUUAAAUUUUUGCACUCACACAGCAAUUGAUUGCAGCACAGAUCAUUCUGCACGUAUAAUGUAAAACACCACCAGUAAAACCAAAUAUCUCAAGCAUGACUCUCAAAACUGUGUCAAUAUGUGAAAUGGUAAAGAAGCGACGAGGAAGGAACAAACACUCACACUUUCCUGUUGGAAGUGGAGAAGAACUCAUACUCAAACUUCAAUUCAAUUCAGCGUGGUACAGAAGACAAAUUACUGUUACUCUAAUUGUUCGUUUAUUUAAGAUACGAAAUGCUUGUUGUUAUUGAAACCAAUUUUCACACGUUUCUCAAGAAAUUAUAAGAAUUAUACAAUUGAAACAAGAUUUGCAACAAAAAGAAAGUAAAAACCCCACGAACCCUAAAGAAUCUGAAAAAGACGAGGAGAAACAAAUCAACCAAACAGAGCAAGCAUCCGAUAGUCUCACGAGAGCACAAUUUAAUGAAAUCGAAAACCAGUUGAUGAAACGUGCAACAGAAAUGAACAAACAAAAAUACACCCGAAAACCCAGUAGUAAAAAGCAGUAAAAACACGACCUGCUAACGUGUAGCACUAGAGAAGAAAACAAAACAUAGCAGAAACAAAACAAAAAAAUCAACCAUCGGCAACCAUCUGUGAGCCAGUAGAGUAGACAACGGCAAAAUCAACCAUCCUGGUAAAUAGUGAACAGCAAUAGCAAACCACGUAGAGCACAUGUAGAUUCUGCCGACUAGAGCACACCCGUUCCGGUGUGGAAACCGUUCCGUUCCGGUGUGCAAGGGCGGGCAGGUUGUCGAAAAUGGAGUUAUAUUUGUAUUUGCAGGAAUGCACGUGCUGGCCUUACCCUACCAUCGUACACCGGCACGUGCAUAGGUACAGGCGACUAGUGGAAUGGCUGGCAUGGAAGGGUUCGAGCUAAUAUCGAUGCAAAUGAAUGCAUACCGUAUUAUGCAUCCGAUGGAAGUGAGCAUGUGUUGUGACUUGCUUCGAAGAAAGAGAGAGAGAGAGAGAGAGAAGGAUAGAGAGAAGAGGGAUUGAUAUUGAAAUAUGUGACGAUGGAUCGAGAGGAUGGCAGAAAAUUGAAGAAGGAAGAAGAAGUGAAAGGUCGAAAAAGGAUGAGCCAUAAAUGCGAUGCUAAAUAAUAAAGAAAUUUUCCCCGAUUUGAUUCGGAAAAGCCAA